AUGGCACGCCAAAUUGUUGUUGUUGCUCUUGUUCUGAUGGCCACCGUGGGCUUGGCUUUUGGCGCCGACGCCCCCGGCCCCAGCGCCAGUGCCGCCGCCACCACAACCCCCAAACCCGGUCUCCCAACGUUUAGUGGUGUGCCUGUUUCCGGACCCGUAGCCGCCGCCGACAAUAACCAAGUGGGAACCAUGGGCGGUGACAGCGGUGAGGGCGCUGCCGCUCCUUCUCCCAGUGGCAGUGCUUCUAGCGAUGGUGUCACGGCCGGCUCUGUUGGUGGACCUGUCUCCGAGUCAACUUUUGGCUCCAUUGAUGGUGGCAAUGCCGAGAGUCCUAAGGCUAGCGUUGCCACCGCGGAACAGCUCUCCGCUGGAGCAGUUGUUGCCGCUGGCGUGGCCGCCUCCUUGUUCUUCUAA